GACUGGUGGUUGGUGCAGUUGUAAUUGAAAAUAACUUUCAAAUUUAUUAACUUACAAUAUGCUUUUAAGCUUUAGUUUCUUGUGAAUAAAAUAUAUUUGAUGAUCAGAACGUUUGGGUGGAAUUUGUAGUUAAAAUGUCUUAAAUCAUAAUGCCAAAGUGAUAAGAAGUUUUGUUAGUAAGUUUGCUAGCCGCGAUAACAUAGAGAGUAAACAAAAGUGGAGAUAAUGUAAGAGUGAUAAUAAAUUCUGAAAAUAGCUUAAGUAUCAGCAUCAGUUCUGGCCUGGCAAGCUUAUUUGUUAUUUGGGUGUGUAGCCUUCGACUGAAACAAGAUGAAGAAAUUGUUUAGAAAAGUAACACAUUCGAGGAAUUCUCACCCCGAAGACUUGUUACUUAAUUCGAAAGAUCAUCCAGAACUAAAGUUGAUGGAUAUUGUAGAGAUCUACUCCCCGGGAGAUGAUAGCACUCGUUUACUGCUACAGGUAACUCGCCUAACGGAGGAUGUUUUGAAUCGUGACUAUAUUAGCAUCGAGUCGAGCAUUGCUACGGCUUUCAAUUUGAAGUCAGAUGUCUUCAUGCAAAAGAUGGAUCCAUGCGAUGUGGCUUUGGAUUCUGUGGAAAUAACGUUCAAAGAUCAAUACAUGGGCCGGUCGGAGAUGUGGCGGUUGAAAACUUAUCUGACCAACACCUGCGUGUACCUGAACAAGAAAAUUGAAUACUGCGAUAACAUCAUUCGCUGUCAGGUUUAUGAAAUGUGGUCUCAAGGAGAUCGCGUUGCUUGUGGAGUGAUAAAUGAAGAUACGAAAGUGGUUUUCAGAAGCAACACGUCGAUGGUAUAUUUGUUCAUACAGAUGUCAUCAGAGAUGUGGGACUUUGAUAUACAUGGCGAUUUGUAUUUUGAAAAGGCUGUGAAUGGCUUCUUAGCAGAUUUGUACACUAAAUGGAAAAAACUGGGUAGCAAUCAUGAAGUGACAAUCGUCAUGUUCUCGAGAACGUUUUAUGCUGCCAAGAGUUUAGAUGAAUUUCCGCUUCACAUGCGAGAAUGCCUACAAAUAGACUACAAGGGGAGAUUUUAUGAAGAUUUCUACAGAAUCGCUAUUCAAAAUGAACGUUGCGAUGAUUGGAGUUCCACUUUGGUGCAAUUAAGACGCUUGUUCACAGGAUAUCGUGAUGUUCUGAAAUAUCAUGAACGGCCAGGAAUGGAAAAUAAAAUUCCUAAUGCAACGAAUUCAACUGCCGCCCAAGGAAAUUUUCUCGAAGUGUUAAACAUUUCGCUCAAUGUUUUUGAAAAACAUUAUCUGGAUCGCAGUUUUGACCGUACCGGACAAUUGUCAGUGGUAAUUACCCCUGGUGUUGGUGUGUUUGAAGUCGAUCGGGAGUUAACGAACAUCACUAAACAACGAAUUAUAGAUAAUGGCGUUGGAAGUGAUUUGGUUUGCGUUGGAGAGCAGCCAUUGCAUGCUGUACCAUUGUUAAAGUUUCAUAACAAGGAUAGUCUCACGUCAAUAGAUGACUAUUCUAUGCCUCAUUGGAUCAAUCUUAGUUUUUAUUCAACCAAUAAGAAAGUAGCAUAUUCGACGUUCAUUCCGAGAAUUAAACCACCUCCACUAGCAUCGGAAAUAGAUGCUCAAGAAUCUACGGACGAUUUUAAAAUAAAACUCACGAAAAAGGAUAAUAAAAAUGAAUACAUACAUAACUGCCUCUUUGAUUACGAUGCUUAUGACGAUCAAAUAUUUCAAAUGCCCACUGCCCAUGGGACAUGUUCGCUUCAGCGUGUGGCGCGCACCAAGAAAACGUCCGUCCCCAGUCUAGAUGGCUUCGGCAUGUACAAUAACAAUCGUGAAUGGGAUAGUUUAUCGUCUCCGUCAGAUUUGCGAAGAAAAAUGUCCGACCCGGAUAUACAUCACAACAUUGGCAAUAUGUUGAACUCGAGCGUUACUUCCAACAACAGUUCACUAAAUACUGCGGAGAAGAUGAAUGGAAAGAUGGUGAACCGUAGCUUUGGAUCAUCUACGGGACCAGUUGUUCGCACAGGACGAGCUUUGAUCAAUCCGUUUGAUCCAUCGCACGUGACAAUCAAACUCACAUCGAACAGACGCCGCUGGACGCAUAUUUUUCCAAAGGGACCUCAAGGAGUGUUGAUUCAGCAGCAUCAUUAUCAGGCCGUCCCCACCACGAACAAGGUGGUAAAUUAUGCUAACUUCGAUUUGGAUUCUAGCAGCGAGUAUGCUCACACAUCCACGUGUACCUGGGGUCGAGGAAGACACGGCAGUGUUGCAUCAAACGACAGUCAAUUGAAUGAGGCAGAUUUGAAAUGCAUUGCUGAGAAUCAAGGCUGUCGUAAAAAAUCUGGUGUUCUACAUUCGGCAGCUGGACCGACUGUCACGGUCACCCCCUCGAAAAGUCUCACUCUAUUGUGGGGAGUAACCGGUGAACAGGAGUGGACCCCGUCACUUACAACAGCUGGAAGAGUUAUUAUAGGUGUUGAUUGGAAAUCACUAACCAUUCCGGCAUGUUUGCCCAUCACCACGGAUUAUUUUCCGGACAAACGUUCACUGCACAACGAUUACGUCGUUUCGGAUUAUACACUUCUGCCGGAUGAUGUGAAUGCCGAUUUCGCACAAAAUCGUGCAAUCUACAAAAACCCACUCUCGACCGAUGAAGUUUUCAAAGAGCUUGUAUCACAGCGACUAGCUCAGGGCUUCCAACUGAUCGUCUUGCCAGAUUCGCCACCGCUAAAUCCACAGCAAGCUCCAUGCUGUGGCGGUCAAUUGCAGAGCUUAUAUCAGCCGAGCUCUGUAUUGCGGAUAGCACCUCCGCAGGAGCCAUCGCAAGAAUAUUUGCUGUCUAUUGGGCGUAUUUUCCACAAAAUUGCGCUUAGUGGCUCAAUUAUUACCGUUACACGUUACCGACCCAGGCAUCCAUAUCCACCGAUCAAUGUGGAUUAUCGUUAUCGAUUCCAUGCUCCUCAGCACGAUACGUAUGAGGUUUCAGGAGUUAAUUUUACCACAGAGAAGUUGGAAAAUUUCAACUGGAAUUAUAUGGAUCAGUACAUUUGUACUCGCGGCGAUACAGAUUAUUCUUUGCUUGAGAACAUGAAAUACUGGCGCUAUCGAAUGUAUCUACUACCGAAGGAUGAUCCGGCGAUGAAAAAGAUAUUGGAUGGGACUACUGUGCGGUGCGAUAUUUACACGGAAGAUAAACCGAUCCAAUCGGAAAAGCAUGUCUGCAAUGAGUUCGUCCGAUUCGUCGAAUCUCACUUGAACAAAAUCAAAAAAGCUUCCAUCAAAAAGCCAAGGGGAAGUCCGCUCCAGUCUCAUCUGACCAGAAGAAGACACAGCACCAGUAUUUUGUCCCGGCCUCCACCGAAUCAGCACGGUGUUUGCACUAAGUUGUAUUAUAAUGGUAAUGGCAUUGGUCAUAGUGCUAACAGUAUGUAUCAAGAGCGCAAUCAUAUCAAUAAUGGUUUAAGCAUACUUACCCGGUCAUCUUCUAAAGUGCUUGAGAAAGGCAACAUGCAGGCGACGGGAACUAAUCAAAUUAGUUCUUUAGGUGGUAAAACCACUGUCGAUGGAGUUCCGCUUUCGACGCUGAAUUCUGCAUCGGAGCAAGGUCUUCCGGAGGACAGCGAUGAUUUUGCUUCCGAAAGCAGUAAGCUAAAGCAAUCGGCAACACUGCAGGAGAUAUUCGAGGCAUUCAAGCAUCCCGUACAUGGAGUUGGAUUUCUGGCGGCAGCGCAAAGUUUGCCAUCCUGCACUUUUGUGGCUUACGAUGCUAUAACAUGGCUGCAAAACCGAAUAGAGGGCCCCUGUAACCCACUGGAUAUUCUGGAGGAAAUGAGAAAGGCACACAUGAUUUGCCACGCUUCCGGCGAGCUCAAGAAACCGGUGAUCGCUGGCUUCUAUCUAUACUAUAUCAUGAUGCAGGAUAAGGAAUCCCGCGAGUACACUCCACCGCUUGGUGAUCUGGAUGCUUUCGAGAACGAAUGGAUGGAGGUGGAAACGGAAUUGCCGGAUCUGCAGAAGCCAAUCGAUUUGGCUGAUGUAGAUGUGCCGGCGUUCCUACGUGAAUCCAUUGAUUUGAAUGAGGAAUUUAUGGAUGCCCCUUUGUACAAGCAAACCCACCUGGACAUUGACACGAACAACAAAUCCGAUCGAACCGAGUGGGGCCAUGCACGGUAUCACCAGAAAAUGAUCCCGGGCCAUGCGUACGAGAUCGUUGUUCAAUGGAUAACCGCUUCCGGGCCGAUUGUUUGUGAGUUAAUAAGUCUUUGGUUGCGACGAGCUCAAGGUUGUGGCUUUCAAUUGGUUUCAAUUCCGGCGGACCCUUUGGCUGAACCAUUCACGGAAAAAAGUGAUCCUCUGCGAGGACCCAUUUUCGUUCCUCUGGACAUUGAAUGUCUGAAACAGCAUCGAAACUUCGUGUUUGAGGAAUUCAAAAAAGAAACUUGGCCAAAGCGGCUGCUACUGUUUCAAGAAGCAAUUGUUGCACGGUUCGGAUUUAUGCGUUGUGCUGUUGAAACGAAAACCGGAUCGAAUCAAUCGUCGUUGGACUAUCAGUAUGUGCAUUGUAGUGGGCAUAUGUUUAUUUUAGUGCCCAACCCUAAUCAUGGACUUAAAUGCCGCCAGCGGCUUGCGUCCGGUGGAAGUACCAUGAAGAAACCCACGAACUUUGUCAAUCGCUAUUCGGCAUCGUACGAGUCGCAAAUGCAGAAUAAUAUUUCUUCGGCUGCACAUGAGGCAUACAUAACGCGCCAUGUAACGGGAGGAAAAAACAAAGACGAUUUCGAGGUCAUUCGUCGUACCGGCUUUUUGUGGUCAUGGAAUCACAUGAUUCCGAAUAAAAAGUGGAAAUCGCUGUCUAUUGCACAAUCGGAAGAACUGUUCCAGCUGCGGAUGCUUAAGGAUUUCAAAGACUUCUGCUCGAACAAAGAGGAACGACUUGUCAACUUCUGGGAGGAGUGCUGGGAGGCGAAGGUAAAGGCUUCGAUUGGACGUACGUAGGAAAAGAGAUGUGUAUACGACGGUGAUAUUAUGUAAGUAGAUAAAAACAUCCUAUUUGUUUUUCGGUCGAAUUUUAUUCUAACGAGCAGGUUUAUUGCUUUGUACAAAUUGUUAAAGUGCCGUUUUACAGUUUAAGUUUGUUUCUAAACCGCUCUUUUCUUUUUUUAUAAGGAAAAUAUAUAAAGCUUUGUAUGAACGAUACAGC